ACCAGAAUAUAUGUUGCAACUUGGCUCAAAAGCAGGAUGGAGAGUCGAUUGAUACAACAUAGAUAGAACUCUAACCAUGGGUGAUGGUAUUCUGGUCAAUGCUCCGUCUGAACAUGCAACUUAGCACGACACUGCAUGAUUCUGUAGCAGCACAUCAUCAAAACCAUUCGAAUUGUCACUUCUAGUCAAUACCCAGUCCUGACAUGACCUGGGCGUCAUCACUGCCUUUCGCUCACACCUUCGCUGCAGUCAGACGGCAUCAUGAGAGGAUAAGGAAAGGAAAUGUUGACGUAGUAUGGAACUAUUAGUUAGAUACCACUGACCACAAGGCCUGCUAGGAAAGUAACAAGGAGACAGUGAUGUUUUCAUCCUUCAGAAUGACACCAUCGCUGUUGCGGGGAAUGAGUGUUCUAAGUUUGAUUAUAAUGCUGCGUUUUAUCUCAACUUCCUACAUGAGAUUGCCCUGGGGAGAGGCGUUUCCACACCGUCCGGCACUUUCAACAACCCAGGUCUCGAGUGUGUUCAAGCGGGUGCACAUGAGCACCAUGAGCUCAUCAAGCGCCUCAAAACGACCAGAAAUUACUCGGGGGCAAAGUGCUCAUCAUCGUGGAGUGGCCAACAAAUGGAUCGUCUGCUCUCGGCACUGCCUUGGACCCCAUGUUCCUCUCCGGGUUCUCAAUCAAUGCUAGCUUAUCGUGUCUUUAAGUGCAAAAAGGGAACCUGAUUGGACUGACAACGAUGAGGGCUUUGGUCGAUUGCGGAUACGUAACACAGGUAUUUAUGUAAUGUUUUUUUUUAAAAGAAAAAGAAAAAGAAAAAUACCCAACAUUCAAAAACAGGAUCUAAUACCGAACACUAAAUUGCAUCUCGUCUGUUAUCAGUCUGAUUCUCCAGGAAUUAGAAGAUCCUUUAAAACCAGAUUAGA